CCCCUGCCCAAACAGGAUUUUGUGCUUCGUGGCUUGUCCAGGCAAGCAGGCCGUCGCGGGACCUAGACCUAGACAGUAAGUCCCCCUCUCUUCCGGGCCUCGCUUCUCUUUCCUGGGCUGCAGGGUAGCAGGAAAUCUGGGGCGAGAUUCCGGCCGCGGACGCGCACUGCCGAAGCCAGGUCCCUCGACCUGUAGCUAACCAGCACGGGGGCGCAACCGCCACGCCUCCUCACCCCUCCCUCCGGCCUCAAGAAUAACGACGGCCGCCGCCCCUCCCACCCUUGGCGUCAAGUUCAAAACAAUCCUUUGACUACAACUCCCAGAAGGCCGAGCGGCUUAGCGAGUGCACCCGCUCUCGACUGUUCCGGCAAACUACACGUCCCAAAGGGCAGCGCGCAACCGCGUGUCCUUUCAUAGCGCAAGUGCGGAACUGCGUUUGUUUCCGGCGUGGGUCUGGGCAAGAACCGCUUGUAGUUUGGUUUAAGUUCUGCACUGGAGGACCUUCUGGGUUUACCUGUUGGGCUCCUGGCUGCGCAGGCGCAGCAGCUACACAGAAGAGAUGGGAGAAGAGGCUAAUGAUGACAAGAAGCCAACCACUAAAUUUGAACUAGAGCGAGAAACAGAACUUCGCUUUGAGGUGGAGGCAUCUCAGUCAGUUCAGUUGGAGUUGUUGACUGGCAUGGCAGAGAUCUUUGGCACAGAGCUGACCCGAAACAAGAAAUUCACCUUUGAUGCUGGUGCCAAGGUGGCUGUUUUCACUUGGCAUGGCUGUUCUGUGCAACUGAGCGGCCGCACUGAGGUGGCUUAUGUCUCCAAGGACACUCCUAUGUUGCUUUACCUCAACACUCACACAGCCUUGGAACAGAUGCGGAGGCAAGCAGAAAAGGAAGAAGAGCGCGGUCCCCGUGUGAUGGUAGUGGGCCCCACUGAUGUGGGCAAGUCUACAGUGUGUCGCCUUCUGCUCAACUAUGCAGUGCGUUUGGGCCGCCGUCCCACUUAUGUGGAGCUGGAUGUGGGCCAGGGUUCUGUGUCCAUCCCUGGUACCAUGGGGGCCCUCUACAUUGAGCGGCCUGCAGACGUGGAAGAGGGUUUCUCUAUCCAGGCUCCUCUGGUGUAUCAUUUUGGUUCCACCACUCCUGGCACCAACAUCAAGCUUUAUAAUAAGAUUACAUCUCGUUUAGCAGAUGUGUUCAACCAAAGGUGUGAGGUGAAUCGAAGGGCAUCUGUGAGUGGCUGUGUCAUUAACACCUGUGGCUGGGUCAAGGGCUCUGGUUACCAGGCUCUGGUGCAUGCAGCCUCAGCUUUUGAGGUGGAUGUCGUUGUGGUUCUGGAUCAAGAACGACUGUACAAUGAACUGAAACGGGACCUCCCCCACUUUGUACGCACCGUGCUGCUCCCUAAAUCUGGGGGUGUGGUGGAGCGCUCCAAGGACUUCCGGCGGGAAUGUAGGGAUGAGCGUAUCCGUGAGUAUUUUUAUGGAUUCCGAGGCUGUUUCUAUCCCCAUGCCUUCAAUGUCAAAUUUUCAGAUGUGAAAAUCUACAAAGUUGGGGCACCCACCAUCCCAGACUCCUGUUUACCUUUGGGCAUGUCUCAAGAGGAUAAUCAGCUCAAGCUAGUACCCGUCACUCCUGGGCGAGAUAUGGUGCACCACCUACUGAGCGUUAGCACUGCCGAGGGCACAGAGGAGAACCUGUCCGAGACGAGUGUAGCUGGCUUCAUUGUGGUGACCAGUGUGGACCUGGAGCAUCAGGUGUUUACUGUUCUGUCUCCAGCCCCCCGCCCACUGCCUAAGAACUUCCUUCUCAUCAUGGACAUCCGGUUCAUGGAUCUGAAGUAGAGAUCAGCAGGAAGCCUUGCUGCCUGGGACAUAGAGAUCUUCUGGCCACCCCUAGAGGCAGAUGGGCUGAGAUAAGAGACUCUGUUGGGGCCACUUGACCAGUAAACUGUGGACUAGUAGAAGUUCAUAUUCUACCUCUAAAAACAGGUAGUGGUAACCUGACUCUUCUAAUCUUGAACCAAAAGGAAAACCAUGAGACUCUUAAUUGGUUGCUUAGACUACCUAAGAUGCCACUUUGAAUUCUCUAAGACCCUGGAGAAUUGCAUUUCUUUCACUGUGCUACUUUGUGGUUUUUAAAAAUCAAUGCUUUAUAUUCCAUAUAGGGUUCUUACCCAUUUAUCUAGGUUGAAAGUGUGAAUUAGAGGGACUCUUUCCAAUAAAGUUCAAACUUAAAAAUCAUUUUAAUAAAUAUUUUUGCCAUGUCAUA